ACAAACGUUAUGUUGACAUGAAUGAAACAUGCUACAGAUCUAUGCCUCAAUACUACAACCAUGAAAUCCAUUACGAAAACAAUGCUUCAGGUGAGCCGUUAUGCAGACAAAAUUCGUUUCUGCAACUGCAACAAUCCUUUUUCACCCAUUCACACACAAUCCAUCACCAUUACAAUCACACUUUAGCAUUCUUUAAUUGUAAUCUAAUCUCUUUCUCUGACAUCGACACCAUCUCAACACGAAUCCAACAACGAUAGCAACCACCACCAAACCCCCCGCCUUGUCCCACCCAUCUCAAAAGAACCACUAAAAUCAAACAUAAUAUAAUCAAGCUAUGCUCAAGCAACACCCCCCUACACCGCCCCCGCCUUCGCCGUUAGCCGCCUCCCUCCGUGAACAAGCCAAAUCUUCCCGCUCCAUCAUCAUCGCCACCUCUUUCUUCUUCCUUCUCUUCCUUCUCUCCCUCUAUUUUUCCACCUCACACGCCCCCGUCCAGGCCCAACCCGACCCCUUUUUGUUCCCUACCCGACCCACUUUUCCCUCCAAGAUCCCCUCCGAUCCCGCUCCUCCUUCGGUCGCGUAUUUCAUUUCCGGGGGAUGCGGCGACUCGGGUCGGAUCCUUAGGCUCUUGUUCGCUUCGUACCAUCCGAAGAACCAGUAUUUGCUCCAUUUGGACCGCUCCGCUCCGCAAACUGAACGGGAUCGUUUGGCUAUAACGGUGCAAUCGGUGCCCAUUUUUAGAGCUGCACAGAACGUGGAUGUGAUUGGGAAAGCUGAUUUUAGUUACUCAAGUGGGAGUUCUACGAUUUCUUCAGUCCUUCAUGCGGCAUCGAUACUGUUGAAGUUAUCUAAGAACUGGGAUUGGUUUAUCAAUUUAAAUGCUGCUGAUUAUCCGCUUGUUACACAAGAUGAUCUUCUUCAUAUAUUGUCGUAUUUACCUAAAGAACUGAACUUUGUGAAUCACACCAGCUACAUUGGCUGGAGAGAGUCGAGUAAAUUGAGGCGGAUAAUUGUUGAUCCAGGGCUUUAUCUUACUGAGAAAUCUGCAAUGUUUUAUGUUACUCAAAAGCGGGAUUUGCCUAACGCUUUCAGAUUGUUUUCAGGUUCAUCGUUUUUUAUUUUGAGUCGUAGCUUUAUGGAAUUCUGUAUUUUGGGUACUGACAACCUUCCAAGGACUCUGCUGAUGUAUUUAUCAAACACACCUCAUUCCCUUCCCAACUAUUUCCCUACCAUCCUUUGUAAUUCUCAUCAGUUCAACAGGACUGUCAUUAACCACAACUUGCUACAUGUAGCAUUUGAGAAUUCCUCCACUGAGUUUGAUUCUAUGGUUCAGAGUGGAGCAGUCUUUGCCUCGCAAUUCCAAUAUGAUGAUCCGUUGCUGGACCGCAUUGACGCAGAAAUUUUAAAUCGUAACCCUGGCCAAGUUGUGCCUGGUGGAUGGUGCUUAGGUGAGUCUGGGAAUAACACAUGUUCAGUUUGGGGUGAUGCUGAUGUUUUGAGGCCUGGUCCGGGAUCAAGAAGACUUGAGAAUUGUCUGGUUAAUCUGCUCUCAGAUGGUAAUUUUCGGUCUCGGUCAUGUAUGCUUGACUGAUCUUUAGCCCACAAUCCCACCAAAUAGUAUGGUGAAAAAAAAAUAGAAAAAAAAAAAAAAAA